GGUGACAGGGAGAAACAAGCCAAUCAUAAUUAUAUUCACGAGCUGGAGAAGCAGCCAUUCGGCCUCUUCCGUCAUAUGAUUGGUUGUCAACUUGUCAAUCACCUCACAGGACACGCCCACCCCGCGCUCACUCCGCUAGCUCUUAAUUGGAUCGGCAGCUGCAUUAGCAUUGACUUCAAAGAAUGAAUACAAGGUCUGGUAAACGGUCCAAAACCAGUGUUCCCAGCGGCGAUGCGCAAAACACCGACAUAAAUCCAGGUACCUUCUGGAGAAAGAGAAAGAAGCCAACAGCGGGUACUUCCGGUAAGAAGAAAAUUAGGCCCACACCUGUGGGCCAUGCUGUGCACAUGGACAACAAUGGUGAAGGUACUGAGGCAACUGUAGCGCCAACAGCAUUUUUACAUGUUAAGAAGAAGCACCUUAAGCGCCAUGAGACCAAGAAGAAGCAGCACACAGUCACAGAAAAAAUCAGUGACCUGACUGAGGAGACAGACUCCCUCCGCCAGCAAGUUGGUCAAAAUGACGGUGGGACAGUUGACACAUCUUCCUCGGCCAACUCGUCUCCUGGAGCUUGUUCUUUCUCUUCAUCCUCCAGUCCAUCCAACUCCUCUUCAUCCUCUUCAUCCAGCUCCUCAUCCUCAUCAACUGAUUCUUCCGAUUCAGAAAAGAAAUCGAAGAAAAGACGCAAGAAGAAAAAGAAGCACCACCACCACAGUCACAAGAAAAAGUAUAAGAGGAAGAAAAAAGAGAAGGAAAAAAGGCCAUAUGGCAAGCAGAGAGCACGUCAUCCUGAGGAGGUCAUCAAGAGAUACAGGAAAGUCCUUAAGGCAUACAAGAAAGGAAGAAAGCUGGGUGUGGCAUAUCAAAAGGUUGGUGUCGACCGAAACACCAUCGUCGCCAAUGCCCCGAUCUGUGAGCUGGCUGUUGUGGCCCCGAAGAAAUACAAGGAGUUGCUGGUUGCUCAUACACCACAGCAAAGACUGCAGGACUUUGCAAAAAAAUGUCAGGACGUGUUGAUUAAUGAUCCAAACCUUUUGAGGGAUGUUGAACAUCAAAAGAAGAUGGGGAAACUGAUUCCUCUGUCAAAGAAAGCUUAGCUGUUUUGUCACUGUGGGAUGGUGCUCUAGAGCAGUUCUUUUGUAGCUCGGGUCUGGUUCACUAACUAUAGAGUUAUGCUAAGACAUGUUAA